AGCGAUAGAAGCAAUGGCGGCUGCGGUUGAGAACCCUGAUGGGGGUGAGAUCGGUGGCGUCUAUCAGCACCACGCGCAGCAACCGAUAUGUGCAUCGCGCGCUAAGUAUCGUGAGGGGCGCAGGCCACGCGCGGUGAAGGUAUAUACUAUCAACUUAGAAUCUCGAUAUUUGCUAAUACAAGGAGUCCCUGCCUUGGGUGUUAUGAAGGAAUUAGUAGAGCAAUUUGCAUUAUAUGGCACCAUAGAAGAAUAUAAUCCUUUAGAUGACUAUCCAGCAGAAGAAUUUACAGAGGUUUACUUGAUCAAGUUUCAAAAAAUACAGAGUGCAAGGAUAGCCAAAAGAAAACUGGAUGAACGGAGUUUCUUUGGCAGUUUGCUGCAUGUGUGCUAUGCUCCAGAAUUUGAGAGUGUACAAGAGACCAGGGAGAAGCUACAAGAUAGAAGGAAAUAUAUAGCAAAAGUAAUUAGUAACAAAGAGCAACUACAGAUGAAGAACCGGGAUUCUAACACUAGUUUUCAAAAGAACAUUCAACUAAACACUUCCAGAUCUUGUAUGACUGAAGCAGCAACUAGUACCUGGAAUCCAACUGCACAUUUCCAUGGUCCUCAUCAAUCACCAUACUGUGAACUGUCAUUGAGAGGUGUAGCAUCUGCUUCAGGAGAGCAGUGUCAGAGUGUGUUAGCAGCACCUCUGUCAGUUGCUGACUGUACUAAAACAUCUGAGAGGACAGUAAUGACUCAGAAACUGCAGCAAGGAGAAUGUAACACGUCAGCAUGCAAAAGAAAACUUCCUUGUUAUAAUGGACUUGGCAGAUUCAUGCCCCGAACAACGCAGCUGCAGGAACGAAAGAGAAGACGCGACGAAGACCACAAACUUGCGCUUUUUGGAAGAGACAAUAGUGAGGAAAUAAUUAUUGGUCCAAAGCUGCCAGAAACACCUAAAAUAGACAUGGAUGAUGAAUCACUGAAUACCUCAGCAAACUUAAUUCGUAAUAAACUAAAAGAGAUUGUUGUCCCUGUUCAAACUCCUCACCUACAUGGACACAUCUCAGAAAAUAGUCAAACAGAGACAACGCUAAAGCAAAGAAGAAGAAUAUAAAGGGAGCAUCUUCUGUGAAUUUAACUUAAACAGAUAUGGUUCUAUUAGUUUACACAACAAAAUUGUAUGGCUUGAUCUGACUAUUAAACAAUUUAAAUAAGAA